GGUGGUUAUUUUGAAUUGUUGGGCGGCAGAUUACAAGAUCACAGCUGUUGGUUUGUUGAUAAAUUCAGCGUAAGGUCUACAUUGAUUUUUGAUAGAAGGGAUGUCUUUUUCUAAAUCGAAGUCCAAAAGAUUCAAUGAAAUUUUAUCAUGUGCUCCUCCAGUUGGAAAAUAUGAUCUUGCGAUCCAACAGAAGGCAGCAGCUGCUAGUUUUGAAAAAUCUGACAGAUUUAAAGUACCUAAAGAACCACAGAAUGGCAACUCCACAUUGCAUUCAUCAUUAUCAAUGGAUUCUUUGCUGUUCGAAAAAACACCAAUCAAAAAGUUGUUUGAUACUGAAAGUAAGAAUUCUAUGAAAGGAGGAAAGAGUUUUACACCAUGCCAUCCUGAUCUGAAUCGGCAAAUUUUAGAUUUACAAAAAGAGAUAAGACAUCUUCUACAACAGCGAACUGAGCAAGACAAGCUUCUGAACAGCAAACAGGCUGAGGUGACAAAGCUUGACGGCAGACUACAAGCCACCUUGAAGGACAAAAGUGCGCUAGAGGCAGGCCUAGCUACUGCUGAGAAGCAGCUAUCUAGUAUGAGGAAAGCCAAAGAGGUGCUUAUGAAUAAGGUAGAUACAGUGGAAAGCAAUGUCCAUAAGAAGCAGGAGGAAAUGCAGAAACAACUUCAUGAAACAACAAAUAAAUUGAAACAUAAAGAUAAGGAAAUAAGCAGGUUAAAGGAUGAGUUGACAGGUCAAGUGCGCCACCUACAGGCAGACCUAAAAGAAGCCUACAGCAAGGUGCAGGCACUGCAGGAAACUAAAGAUAUUCAAGAACAACUUACAAUUGAUGCUCAGAAACAUACUGAAACAAUCGAAACACAAGCCACACAGUUACAGGUGUUGUCUGUUGAGAAUUCAGAUUUAAAAAGCGUCAUUACAGAAGUUAAAGAAGACCUGAAGAAUGCCAAAGAAUUCCUCAAAACUCUAAGUCAAGAGAAUGAACAGGAAGCUUCAAAACUGCGCAUGGAAUCUGAAAAGACAAUCAGCAAUCUUCAACAGCAACUGACUACUGCUGAAUCUGAAAUCAAGACUCUGAACGAAAACAUCACCUCCUCUGAAAAGAGAUUGGAGAAUGAGGUUUUAAGGGCAGAAGAGGCUGUAACAAGAGCAGACGACGCAGUGAAAGAAGCAGACAAUGCUGUGAACCAGGUUGCUACGUUGACAGAGAAGUUAGAGAUGACAGAGAACAUGAUGAACGAGAAUUUGAAAGCCUUGUCUACCAAAUAUCAAUUACUGGAGGAAGACUACACGGCAUGCCAGCAAGACCGACAACAAGAAACGGAACAACUCAGGUUUGAGCUUGACGCUGUGUACAGCACGUCCUCAGAGAUAGAGGCCGAGCGCGACAGCCUACUUGAGGGGAACAGGCAACUCAUGGACAGCGUAGAAAAAGAACGAGAAGUUGGAAUAAGACUGCAGGAGCAAUUAAUGGCAGCAGAGCAACGGAUAGAAACUACAAAGGAGCAACAUGAGGAGUACAAGGAACAGAUGGAGAAUGAUUUGCUAGUUUUGAGUGAAGCCAAAAACAGUCUUCUAAUCUUAAGUUGUGAACUAAAAGAAAAAGUUAAAUCACUGGAAGAAGAGAAUCAACUUCUUCACAAAGAUCUCUCACGGUAA